CCCGGCCAGGGUAUAAAUAGAUCAGGCUGCUGGGCUUCCCCACUCUUCCUCUUGCCCCAACCCUCUCUCCUCUGCGCUUCCUCUCUCUCGGCCUGAUCCUGACUGCUGCCAUGGCGUACCCCCUGGAGAAGGCCCUCGAUGUGAUGGUGUCCACCUUCCACAAGUACUCAGGCAAGGAGGGUGACAAGUUCAAGCUCAACAAGUCUGAGCUAAAGGAGCUGCUGACCCGGGAGCUGCCCAGCUUCCUGGGGAAAAGGACGGAUGAAGCUGCUUUUCAGAAGCUGAUGAGCAACCUGGACAGCAACAGGGACAACGAGGUGGACUUCCAGGAGUACUGCGUCUUCCUGUCCUGCAUCGCCAUGAUGUGCAACGAGUUUUUCGAAGGCUUCCCUGAUAAGCAGCCCCGGAAGAAGUGAGGGCUCCUCGGAUGUGGGUGGGGGCCCUACCAGCUGGGGGGUCUUCCCUGACAGAAAGGGCACAGUGCCUCACCGUGGCUCUUCCAGACCUGAUCAAGUUCAAUAAAGAUUCUGAAAGCUA